CUUAGCUGUAGCUGUUUCAUUUGACAUCAGGAUGCUAACUAGUUAGCCUAGAAAAACUGCGUCCAUGUAACAUGUAUGCGCCGACAACAUUGAGGAAAUCAGACGUCCGUUCCAGCGUUGAAUGUGCUGCUGCAGUGAAAGUGAAGCUUUGACAGUUCAAGUUGCUCUUCUGACUGCUUCCAUCCUCAAUGAGGUACAGAGGAGCUCAGAUUGUCGUCCGUGCUCGUGACUACUGCCGUCUGUCCCACCUCCCUCUUCAUGGAUCUCAGCCCGGCAGAGUCGCUCUGGUCCGGACCUACAGCGCUCAACCUCCGCCCGGGCCCCCUCCGCCCACUGACCCCACCCCUCCUGAUGGGAAGGGCGGAGCCGAGGUGGUGAAGGAGCGCGCUCUGGCUGCAUUACAGCAUGCGGGUGAGUUAGGGCGGCAGUGGGGUCAGAGGUCGGCUCAGGCGGCCACCAACUCGGCCAACUACUGGUGGGGGAGGUACGAGGAGUUUGUCGGCCUCAACGAGGUCCGCGUGGCCCAGACCAAAGUCACCGAGGCCGAGGCGGCGUUCAUGGUGGCCAGAGGGAUGGUGCGCGAGGCUCACGGCAGCCUGGAGGUCCUGCAAGUCCGGCUGAAGGAGGUCAGAGACCGGCUGGACCGGGUCUCCAGGGAGGAGGCUCACUACCUGGAGCUGGCCACGCAGGAGCACAAACUGCUGCAGGAGGAGCGUCGUCUCCGGACAGCGUACGAGAACUCCGAGGGUUCGGAGAGGGAGAAGUUCAACCUGUUCUCGGCAGGCGUCCGGGAGAGCCACGAGAAGGAGAGGACGAGGGCCGAGCGCACCAAGAACUGGUCCGUCAUCGGCUCGGUGCUCGGGGCCCUGAUCGGGGUCAUGGGGUCCACGUACAUCAACCGCGUCCGCCUGCAGGAGCUGAAAAGUCUCCUGCUGGAGGCUCAGAAGGGUCCAGAGAGCCUGCAGGAAGCCCUGAGAGUCCAGGCCGGAAACCAUCGCUCCCAGCAGGACGCGCUCCGGACGCUCAUCGGCAGCCUCAGGGCCGCGCUGAACGACGCCUUCGCGCAGAGGGACGACGUCGUCCUUCAGGACAAGAGGGCUCCCGCGCCGGACUCGCCCACGGUGCCUCUCUCGGCCCUGAAGAAAGACCUCCAGAUCGGCAGCCAAAAGACGGAGUCCAUUCUGGAGUCCCUCCGGCCGCAACUGGGACAGCUGGAGCAAGGACUCGGUAGAGUCGAGGGGGAGUUGACGGCGGUGAGGAGGCUGCUGGAGACCAGAGAGCAGGUCGACACGCAGGCUGCUCAGCUGCAGUUAGUGGCACCAGUGAGUCCAGAACCACCAGUUAGACCAGAGAGAGAGGACCAGUGGGAGUCGGAGGCGGCGGUGAGGCGUCUGGAGGAGACUCAGAGGACUCUGGGAGAACGGAUCAGGACAAACACUCUUUAUAACGCCAUGUUCACCUACACCGCCACCGCCAUCACCAUCUCUGCCAUCUACCUGCUGACCAAAGGAACCGGUUAGACUCUAUAAUACGUUCUCAUGCACUGGGGAGAGAUCAUCUGAAUGAAUUACGUCAGAAUACAACAUUCCCUUGUUGGCAAGUAACUCAUCUUCUGUAAUAAACUUCUACCGCUGCUGUUCACUGCACGACUGAUAUUUGUAAUUCUGUGAUCUCGAGAUAAAACAUGAACUAGAAUGCGUCCUAUUGCUAUCACGUAGCAAGUCUUGGUAUCAUUCGUUGUGCAUCAUUUGAACAUGAUUUUUAUUGAAUUCAUUUCCCAAUUUAAACACUGAAGUGCAGAAUAGAAACACCGUGUUAUGUAACUGUAGGCGGCACCUAUUAAAUACUUUACUUUCUAAAAUGUCAUCACGGUUUCCCGGAGACCAACGUCACCUCUUUAAACUUCUUGUUUUAAUCGUCGGGUUAACCACCAAAAACGAGCCCUGGACCCCGUUGACUCCCAUGUUUGUGGUGAUUUGGUAAGAGACUUCCUUUAUUUAGGAAUUUGCAGCUUGUAAAAUCUGACGCAGGACCAAGAUCAUUGUGACUCAGUGGUUUAUUCUUUCAAAGAGAACAAAAAUAAUUCAAGUCAUGAUAUAAAACAAGAGAGAACCAGCAAAUCGUCACAGUUGACCAGCUGGAACCAGACGUGUUUUAGCCUUUUAUUUUCUGGAUAAAUGACAUGAAUUGAUAUACAAUUUGUUUUUUUUUUGAUGACUUUUGUUUCAUCGCUGAAAAUAAUUUUUUAUUUCUCACACUGCUGAUUCUGGAGAGCAUUGAGGCUCGUCACUGAAUAAGAAUAUCAGAUAAAUACCUAAAGGUACAGAGCGUUCAUUUGUAGAAGAAUGAAUAAAUGUCACAGUUAUGAUGAUGACAUAAUGGUGAAGUUUGUUCCUGUGAGUUUUUAACCUGAUUCAGCCUCUUCAUCAGUAGUUGACCAGCUGAUGAUGACGAGGGACCACAUCUGUUCAGGGUCUCACAUCUGGAGUUCUGCCUCGAGGUUGAAACAGGUGUUCAUACUGUUUGAACACGUAUGGGAGCAAUAAUGAGAGUAAAUGAACUGUGACUGAAAGAAAACGUCAUGUGAUAAAUGACCAAUUUAAAAAGUCCAUUCACAAUAAAUAAAUAUAUAAGUAACUACAUGUGAAAAUGUGAAUGACAGUUUGUAAACUGCAGUACUUGAAUGUCUGUUUGUUUGUCAUGUUGUUGACUGAGUUGGAUGAUGAUCGCGAUUAAACUGUUUGUUCUGCUCAGCUUUAUUGUUUACUGACCAAAUUAUGAAUAGAUUCAUCAAACCAUUGAACCGUUGUGUUGAGGCAUAAACUGUUAUUAUUAAUCUUUAAUCAGUGAUGGCGUUGAGAAGGAUUGUGUGUUACACCAGCAGCCAGCAGCAGCACAACAUGUGACAAUAUAUAUGAAUUUAUUAACAAUAGUGCAGGUGAAGUGAGUUAUUAGUAGUGUUUAGUAGUAAAGUACUACUAUACUGUACACCAGAAUAGUAUAUAUUAUGAUGAAGUAAUGAUACUUUGUAUUA